GAGCCCCUGUGGUCCCGCCUGCCGUUGGUGCGCGCGCCGCUGCUGCUGGUGGCAGGCCAGCUCGACCCCAAGUUCGUCGGCAUCCACCGCCGCAUGCUGGCGCAGCUCGCGCCGCCGUCGCCCCGCGGCGCCACCGGCGACAGCGUAGCCGAGCAGCGGCAGCAGCAGCAGCAGGAGGUAGGAGAGGAGGCUGACGUGGUGACGGCGGCGGCUGCGGCUGGGCCGACCCACACGCUGGUCGAGCUGCCCAACGUUGGCCACGCGGUGCACGUAGAGGCGCCGCUGCAGCUGCUGGCGGUGCUGCAGGACUUCCUGGCGUCGCUGGAGGCGGAGUGA